AAUCAAGUAACUGUGUAAGCCCCUAGAGCAGUGGUUCACAAACUUCAUUCACCAAGUGUCACCUCAGAAAAUACUAAUAGUGUAGUACGCCGAAGUAUUCAUUAAAACAAGGCAGAAGUUUUAUUUAACUGGUAUAUUUAAAAUGUUUGGCACCUGUAAUAUGACAUACAGUUCGAACAGUAACAUUAUGUUUGAAUACAUAGAACAAAACAGUCUACUUUAAUUAACUGAUUAUUUGGCGUACCACAUUUUGAGAAUCCUUAGUCCAAAACAUUUUAGAUUUGGUAUAAAUCAUAACAUUUCUGCCAAAUGGUUGUAUGGGGUCAUUUGGAGCAUGUCAGCCACUCUGCACAAGGCACUAACACCUUAAUUUGAUCCUCCGUGGGGUUCAGACGGACUUUUGCCUAAGCCAAGGAUAGCAUUACCACUCUGACUCCAGUUGUUAUUAAUAAACACAAAGUGGGUCUCUGUUUUGCUGGAGUCAUAAACAGGCAGGGAGAGUUCUAAAGCUGCGAAAGACCUGGACCAACCAUUUAUUUUUUACAAAUCAAUUGUCAUGGAAAAACACACAUCAUUUGACGAUGGGAAAAACAUGUCACCAACUAAGGAGUCACACACGGAGCACACAAUUUUUGAGGAUAAUAGACAAAGUUGUGAUACCAACUUGGACAACAUUCCAAAGGUGGACUGGUCAGAUAUGGAAAACCUAGGACAGAUUUUUGAGCAAUGCAUCGAGCAGGUGUCUCAUUUGGAAAUGCGGAGGGAUGAGUUGAUAAAAGAGCUCCUGUUUCUGCAAGAACCCAUGAUGAGUGUUGUGGAGCACCUGAGAGGAGCGCUUGUAGAUAAGUGGAAGCUGGUCACACUGGCUGAGAUGGACUACAUGUUUGUGUUGGAAGAAGUGCAGCAGGAGGAGCUCAACACUCAUAUCCAAACCUUGAAGGAAGAGUUGUCUCAGCUCCAGGAGGCCCACCAGAACCAGCUCACCACUUUGAGGGAUCAGGCCAAAAAGCCCUACAGAUCUAGAGCCAUGAGCGAUGUCAGCCAGUGUCGCCAAGCUUCUGUGCGCCUGCAGCGACGGCUGAGCGUCGGCAUGAAGGAGGUGGAGAACUGGUACGAGCCUCGACUUAUAGCACUGCUGAAGAGGAGGCAGUUUGGAGAGAAGGCCUUAAGAAUGAGUAAAGAACAGGCAGUGGGCUUAAGAACUCAACUGGGGACCCUUAAAGAAGAGGUACAAAGAUUGGAGGAGAAGAGAUUUUCAAUGGAACAAAGAAUUAAUCUGAUGGAGCAAGAGAGGGAGGAGUUGACCACACAACACAAGGAAGUCGAGGAGGAGUUAAAGGAGACUUUGAGGAAAUUGGCCCUGGAGUUUGAGAUUAAAAAAAGAUAUUCAAGAGAUUUGCAGACUCUCACAAGUGAUAUCUUAAAAGAACUAUUACAACUCAGACUCCGUGAUGAACCAAGUGAAGCUCCUGCAAAGGAACACGCCCAGGAUUCUACUUGUAGUCAAACCACUUGAUCUCUCCCAGUUUUGCACAUAAUUUUGUGGUAAUCUAAGAUGAAACAUUAACUACUGAAUUGCAAAAUAAGUUUUCCUGCGACCAAAACUAAAUUAUAAAACAAAGCUCACCAAUUUACUGCAAAUAUUUAUUAUGAAUAUACUUAAGUACACAAGAGGACUGAUGCAGCACAAAUAGAAGAAACGCAGAGGGGAACAAAUGUAGACGAGACAACACAAAAGCUGGAAAUUCGUACUACUUUUUUUGCACAAAUAAAGUGAAAACCUACAUAUGUACAUUGUUUAUAAAAAUGGAUCUCAGUAGAAAUGUCUUGAGCACAACUAAAUUUCAAGAAAAUUUGAAUAAUGAAACCAUCAAAAAACACUGGAAUAAUGGACAAUUCCUUGAUGGUUUCAUCAGGUUGAAUAACUGGGAUUAUGACAAAUACAGACAGAUUUAAAUAUGUCACAAGAGCAUUAUAUCCAGAAACUCUGGUAUCCAAAAUGAAUAUUAAAAAAUACAAGAGUCUGCACACCACAUUGGGAACAGAUUAUUUCAACAAGCAUAUAAAAAAUGUGCUGAAUAGAUUCAUGCUUGGACCUCAGAAUCUGCUGCUCCUUCUGGGUCCUCAUCGUUGUAAAUGUUUUCUGCCUGUAGAGAAGAGAACAUGUUCUAUUAUUAUUUCUAAUUAGAACAAACAAUGAGUUAAAUCACAAAUACAGGGUCUCUGCAGGUUUCAACAUGUCAAAUUUAAGACUUAAGAUUGUUUUAAGGACAUCUGGAAAAUAAUUUAAGACCAUUUCACAUCCAUACGGACAAAAAUAAGAACACAAAGUAAGAUCAGUUACGUUUAUCUUUGUAAAGUUGUGCAAGUGUUUGUGGCGUUUCAGCAUCUUUUGACACCGACUUAUCCUGGAUUUUUUACUUUUACAUUAUAAUUCCAUUCACUUUCACCGCCAUGUAUACAAAUGCUUCCCUCCUCGAUGGCUGCAAAUAUGGGUACUAAACACUUUAUACGUUUCCAUCCACCAGGUUCAGCCACACAUUAAAUGGAUCGUUCAGGAGACACAAAUUGUUGAACUUUUACUAAACAAAUUUUAAGACCUUUCAAAAUCGUAUUUAAGAACCUUUAUGAAAUUUUAGGAGAAUUUUAGACAUUUUAAGGCCUUAAAUUAAAAUUUUAUUAAAUGAUUUUUUUUUUUACUUUUUAAGACCCCAUUGAUACCCUGAAAUAUUACCAUUUGCCAGACUUGCAUUAUGUUGUCCUCUGACACAGAACAGAUGACCCAUGGCUCAUUGGGGUUCCAAGAAAAGUCUGAUAUCUUUGCCGUGUGUCCACCAUGGAUGAACUUAAGAAUAAAGAGCACGUGUUAGACACAUAACAUUCACGUUACUAUUUAUACUUUAAAAUAUCUGUCAGGAUGCUAUUUGUAAAAACUCACCAAAAGCUCAGGUGGGCCGUCUUCUGCAUCCUCAGGAGAUUGCUCCUCUCCUAUCUUACUCAAGUCCCACACAUUGAGCCUUCUGUCUGUGCCGCUGGAGGCCAAGAUGGUUUCGUUAUGAGGAGACCACUGCACCUAUUUUGCAAAAAUGGGAUGUCACAUUUCUACUACAUUAUCUCUACAACGGAAUAAUUAUCAAUUAAGCUUGACAGUUGACUAGUUUACCAACUUACUUCCCCUGUUGUUAAGUAAAAAAAAUACUCAGUAGGAUUUAUUGUUAAACAAUUUUAUAAACGAGGAUUCCAUUUAGUGAUCAAGCGAGUUCUACCUGGAAUAUCUCAUCUUUGUGAGACUCAAAGGAGUGCAGCUUCAGUUUUAGAUUCCUCAAGUCCCAAAGAGCCACGGUCUAAAAACACAUUGGAAUAAUUAAGUACCACUGAAAGAAGAAUAUCAACAGUGACUAGUAUAGAGAAGGCGGACUAACCUUGUCUGCUGAGCCUGUUGCCAGGAUGAACUCACUGUAAGGAUUGAAAGACAAGCAGUUGACCUCAGCAGUGUGAGCAUCCACUGCAUGGCUGGGCUUAGAGGUGUUGUUGGAUCGUGUGUCCCAGCUUAAAAAAGAUAAAAAAGUUAAUUAGUUUUUAAAACUAACAAAACGUUUAUCUUAAGUUAAACUUGGCUUACAUCUAGGGUUGGGCGGUACCCCGGUAUUACAAAUUAUAUCGGUAUAUAUUUGAAAAAGGUAUGUAAUUGAGACAAUGCCGCCAUUGGGAUGUAACAGUUUUGUAAAUACAGCGGUAUUAAGAUUGAAAAGCUUCUCGCUGGCGCUGACAGUAUCAAAUGAAAACUUGGUGUGUCGUUUUCUGUCUCUUUUACUUUGGCGGGUCUGAAAAUAAACUCCAUCUCCCAUAAUCCUCUGUGCAGCGCAGAGCCGCAUUCUGGGGGCAUGGAGCGAAAAUGAAUGCAGGAAGUGGAGUGUGUACCAUUUCAAAGUAGACCGAAUUGUUUUUUCCCCCUAAAAUCCGUUCAUAACUUUUUAGGUUAUGUUGCUAACAAACAGACAAAUAAACCCUGGCAAAACCAUAACCUCUGUGGCAGAGGUAAUGAUGCACUCCACGUUCAUCUCGAGUGUCUAUUUGUGAGGUAUUGACAUUAUUAAAAGUUAAAAUGGAAGUUAAUGUUUGAGGAACAGCAUUUUCAAAACUGAUUGAAAUAAAUGUCCUCUCUUCUCUGAAAGUAAAAGUUGACACGGACAGCGGAUGUUUUCGCACAAUUAUUUGAACUUAAAAACAGUAGUUUGUAGUAGUAAAUAUAAUUACAAUAUUUAAGCUUUAUGUUUGUGUUAAAUUACAGUUUGUAGUAGUAAAUAUAAUUACAAUAUUUAAACUUUAUGUUUAAUUACAGUAGGUGUGUUUAUCCUAAACCAGGAGUGUCCAAACUUUGACUCUAUGGCUGCAUUUAGACACACUCUCUCUCUCUCUCUCUCUCUCUCUCUCUCUCUCUCUCUCUCCCUCCCUCUGAAAGAGUGUUAGCUGCAGUGGCAAAAUUGUCACUUGCCAUACAGCAUCCUGCAGUUGACAAGCUUGGGUGUUACUGGCUUAAAGUUUUAUGGGAAUAAAGGUAUUUUUGAAAUGUUGAAUACAAAAACGUUAUUAUUUAAUUAUUUUCAAAUCAUCUUAAACCAGGGAAUUUAUUUUAUAUUUUGGCCUUUUGUGUUUUUAUUAGUUGAGGAUUUGAGCAGAGCUAAAAGGGAAGUUAGGUUUUUCCUCACUAUGACAUAAUUGCGCUUAGAAUCCCGAGAAAAUGCUAAUAAAGCAAUAAAAACAUUCUUCAAGGAUAACUCUUGAACUAAACACGCCAUACGUCUUUAAAUUUGACUAUAGUAAUCUGUGUUGGAUUAGGGAGUGCAUGUACAUUGUAAUUUAAUAUUAUUUUAUUUUUCUAAGGCUUUUAAAUAUUUUAAUGUACAAUUAUUCAUGCAUUAAACUUAAAAAUGUCCAAAGAAUUACUAGUAUUUGUUUCAAUAAAACAACCUUCUGGUACUCCGGUUUCCUCCCACCUCCAAAGACACGCACCUGGGAAUAGGCGGACUGGCAACACUAAAUUGGCCCUAGUGUGUGAAUGUCGUCUAUUUGUAUUGGCCCUGAGAAGAGGUGGCAACUUGCCCAGGGUGUACCCUUACCUUCUGCCUGAAUGGAGCUAGGAUAGGCUCCAGAUCCCCCGCAACUCCAAGAAAAUAGACGGAUGGACACACAUAUUUGGUUUUGACUUAGUCUAACCUUUAUAUUACGAUGUAUAUGUAGUAUAUUGAUAUCCAGCCAAAAUACAUGUAUAUCGGAUAUUAGCUUAGGUUCAUAUUGCCCCGCCCUACUUACAUCAUCAGUUUCUGGUCAUCAGCCACAGAGCCAAAGAGCGACUCGUGGAGCAGAUGCCAAGAGACAUCCUCCACAACAGCAGUAUGGCCUGUGAAGAUGGUUUUAGCAUCCACAAUCUUUCCCUCCUUAGGCACUGUGCUGAUAUCCCACAAACAGAUAGUCUAUCAAUAUAAAGCAGAUGAAGUUAAGAAACUAACAAACUUGGCACAAACACAUUUUACAAGUAUCCCAGUUGAACUUUUCACAGUAAAAGGUAGCCACAAAGUGCUUACUUACAUGGUCAUCAGAAGCACUGAGGAGGCAGCCACUGAGGUUUGGAUUCCAGGAGAGGCCGUAACCCUCUUUCUGGUGACCUCUCAAGCGGAGGUCAGGGGUGCACUCUCCGGAAGGGUCUAGUAUGACAACAUAAAUAUUUUAAAAACAAAAAAGCCACACCUGUAAAUCCAAAAUUAAGAAAUGUGGCCUGGCUGUCACCUGGCUUGGAGGGGUGCUUUGUGUAAUCAAAGACCAGCACAUCGCUGGUGGGGGUCUUGGUGGCAAUGAUGCAAGGGUUCUGGGGCAUGUAACGAGCUCUGUUCACUUCUCCCUCAUGAUUGAUCUUGAUCUCAAUUUCUAUCUUGCCACUUACAGAACCAAACCCACCAAACUCUGAAAUGCCAAAGAACACAUCUACAAGUUGAAAGUCAUAAUGGCCAUGAUGCAUUUUUUAUGAUCAGCACAGUAAAGCACUAAAUAAUGGGGCUGAACGAUUAUGGGAAAUAAUCAAUUAUUUUGAUUGAUAUUGAAAUCACGAGUAAUAACAUGAUUUAUUCAUUUUAAAUAUAAUUUAGAAGAACUACAUAUAAAAUGGUAAUGAAUGAACACGUAGGAAAAAUAAUACAUUUGAAAAAUAAAAGCAAGAGGAAAAAAUUUUUCCGUUAAAAUUUUUUCAAAUUCCAUUUUUUCACCCUAUGCAUCAUAUUUUACUACCAGAGUGUGUGCUUUUGUGUCAUAAUUACAAUAAAGAUUUUGGUGCAAUACAUCUUUAGACAGUUUGACCAGUAUUUUAAGUCAAAGCUUAAUUGUGUUAAUAUAUCAAUAAGUGGUUUAAGUACACUCUGCUUGUGUAAGGUACUUUUUUGAAACUUUAAAUUUUAUCAGCACAGUCAGACAGAAUGUUGCGCACAGGGCUGCUAUUGUGAGGGAGGGGGGCUUUUCUGAGGAAGACAAGUUUGGAGACGACUCGAAGUUACAGGGUUUCCCCUUAAUAUAAUUGAAUAUGACGCACCGCCAAAGUACAUUUAUUGACGCCACACAUUGAAAAUAAAAAGGUUUUUUAACAUGAAAACAAAUUUAAGUAAUGGAAUGUAUUUUAGCUUCGAGAAGAAGUCACAAAGUUUGACACUACUUUUAACUUUUAUUUCCAAUCGUAUGACAAAUUACAACAGGUUUUACCGCCUGUGCAAACACUUUCGUCUCCGUGCCUCCCCAGAUACAUAACACUUCUUCAUUCUGCGUCAAUCCUCUUUCAGGCACGAACAGUUUGUAUGAUCAAAUCAAAACCACACAAACAUAAAACAUUAUCACCAGCAGAUCGUUACAGUAUAAAUGGCUAUAUAUAGCCUAUUAUGUGUGCACCAUUGACUAGUGAUGCACCAAAAACUCGGCCAACGGAAAAAGACUGACCACCGGAACAGUGUUGCCAAAACCGGAUGUAAACAAAACACACGCGAUUGUCUGGAGCGAGUCAGCAUGUCUGCGAUGUGGACGUUAAGUUUAUUAUAUCCCAGAUAAAUCCGGACAGCAAUCUACAAUUUGUGCAAAUAUUAAGAGGACAAUGGCGGCUUUUAAGGAGCGAAAGUUGACUGGAGCAGCAGCGAGAUGCUAGAUGUGUUGCUAGUCAUUCUUAAUUCAUUAAUAGUCUCUAGACACUUGAAACAUUCUCAACAAAGUAUAUUGUAUAAUAAGCAACAACAAUUGAAUAUAUGGCAAAACGAUAUAAAACAUGUUAAUAUUGAUCAGUUUAAAAUGUAUACAUUGAUGCAAUGUCAUGUUAACCACAUCCCUAACGAUGCCCCCUCCGCCACAAGUAUCUUUGAAAUCUAGGAGAAAUCCUUGGCUGUCAAAAAAAAUAAAAAAAAAUAAGGUAGAGCCGUUUAGGUUGAAAUGCGGCUUAGUUUGAACAUUGAACUUACAUCUAUGAUGUCGUUCACAACACCACCAGCAGAUGAGAUGUGUUGUGGGUGUAUGGAUUGUUCUUGAUAGCUUUAGCUUUGUCUUUUUAAAGAUGAUAAAAAAUGCUUGUAAGAUGCGGCUAAUGUGAUUCACGGUUGUAGCCUUCAAAGCCCUCUCAGACAACUUAAAAACCCCCCAUCUACGUUUUGCAAGUCUAUAUAUAAUGUAGCAACAAACACAUUCAUAAUGAUAUGUAAUAUGUUCAAUAUUUACCGUCCAUCCAUCCAUUUUCUACCGCUCGUACCUCUUGGGGUCGCGGGGGUGCUGCAGCCUAUCCCAGCUGCACUCUGUAUUUUGAUCAAUUUAUUUUCGGGAGUGACUUCUUUCGUGCAUUGAUUUCUGUUUCCAUAACAGUGUGUGUUCCUACAUCUGGAUACAAAACGCUUGUGUUUUGUAAUCAUUGGAGACUUGGUAACAAACAAUAAAGAUAACUAUUUUUAGACAAAUGAGAAUUCACAACAUUAUCUCUUUGAAGCUGAAAGAACGCGGUAUUAACUGCUGCUUAUAAAAGCGGGAACGAUGAAAAGGGUGAAACGUUGGAACAGACAGAAGCAGAUAGAAGUGAAAAGGACUCAAAGCUGCAAAUGUGGAACUUGAAGUCAAACUAUUUCGACAUAAAUGGUGUGCUUACCCAUAAUUAACUGGAAAAACGUCCCUCGCCAGCUGUACCAAACAAUCUAUCGACUGAGUCACACUCUAUAUUGAUCAUGAUACAUGCAGCACGCCAUGCAUGUUAUUACAACUACAGUACAUACGACGUCUGGCAGCUGUUUACAAACAAAACAUUAAAUGUGGGAUUGUACUGUACAGCUAUUCAAACAAGACUGUUCAUGUUUUUGGUCAAUACAAAUUGGUGUCGUCUCGCAGUGUUGUGCACUACAAAAUUAAACGCAUUUCAUGCUGAUGUGGAAGCGGGCUUAUCUCUUGCAGUAGAUAGCUUCUACGGCUAAUACAGAAGCAUGCCAAUGUGUUACAACGCUAGAAAGAGAGUUCCUCAGUGUUCACUCUUACAAUAAUGUUGGUGGAGUUUGGUUGUUAUACAGGUUACGGAAUAAAUGAAGUAUCGGUGA